AUGACGCCCACACCUCCCUCUGCGACCUCGUCGCAUUCGGGCGCCUCUCCCGACCAGUUCCGAGUCGUGCGCAAGCGGAACCGAAUCCCCUUAUCGUGCGCGCCGUGCAGACACCGAAAGCUGAAAUGCAAUCGACAGUCUCCCUGCGAUAACUGCACAAAACGAGGAGAUACCGCCUCUUGCACCUACGCCGCUCCCGCAGCCAGGAAAAAAGGCAGCCAAAGCCAGAAUGCUGCCAACACCACCCCGGAUGAUAUGCAGAAUCGGAUAGACCGGCUGGAGAGUUUGGUCUUGUCGCUCAUGACCAAUGGCUCACAGGCGGUUGGUCCAGCCGCCGCUGCCCAGGCGCUUUCCGCCGGAUCGAGUACUAUCGAGAGUGGAUCGUUGGGACCGAAUCUUGACAAUGAAUUGGAUGAGAGCGCGAUGAUGGACGAUGCAGAUGGCCAGGAACCCGAGAGUGAGACGGAUGGUGUGACCAAGAGCUUUGGGAUUCUCAAGGUUGACGCUGAAAAGCAAAAGACCUUUUAUGUUGGUGAAGCGCACUGGGCAGCUUUGCUGAAUGAGAUUGGCGAAGUCAAGAACUAUUUCGUCGCCCACAAGAAAGAGUACGAGGCCCAGAUCGAAAAGGUUGAGCAGGCCCGGAAAACCAUGGGUGCCGACGUUGGUUCAGGCCCAGCGUUGCUCUUCGGCUCUACGAUUCCCCCUAGCCGAGCAGAGAUUCUCGCACAAAUACCAUCCCGGUACAUGUCUGAUAUCCUGAUCGGACGAUAUUUCAACACCUUCGACCCCGCCACUCACAUCCUGCAUGGCCCGACGUUCCAGCGACAUUACAAUCAGCAUUGGGCGGAUCCCUCCAAGAGCUCGAUUGUAUGGGUGGCCAUGUUGUUCGCCAUGAUGCGUCUGGCCAUGUUGUCUUAUGGACGCGAAGGCGAUGAACCGCCCGAGUUUCGUGGCAAGUGUCAGGAUCUGGCCGCCAAUUUUCGCACCCAAAUGGCCCAUUGUCUCAUCACGGCCGAUUACACAAAACCACACAACUAUAUUAUCGAGACGCUGAUAUUCCAUCUGCAUGCGGAAUAUACUUCCAAUCGAGACGCCGAAGCCAGUGUCUGGGUGCUCGUCGGCAUGAUAGCUCGUCUCGCCAUGCGCAUGGGCUACCACCGUGACGCGAAGCUGUUUCCCAAUUUGAGCCCUUUCCAAGGCGAGAUGCGGCGUCGUGUUUGGACAUUUGUACGCAGUGCCGAUCUUCUCUUUUCUUUCCAGGUGGCCUUGCCAUCGAUGAUUCGCAUUGGCGACUCGGACACAGAAUUGCCGCGCAACAUCUACGACGACGAAUUUGAUGAAGAUUCUGCGUCGUUACCACCAGCUCGCCCUGCCAGUGAAGCCACGCCAAUCUCGUACAUGAUUGCGAAGGGACGACUGUCGUUUGGUUUCGGACGAGUUUUGGAGGAGAUAAAUGGAGUCAAUCGCAAGGGGUACGACGAGGUCCUUAAGAUUGAUCGUGGAUUGAGAGAUAUCUAUGAGAGUAUACCCGAUCAUCUGAAGCUUCGACCUAUGGCAGAACAGACCCUGGCACCCAUUUCCUUGAUCAUGGCGCGCUUUAGCCUCGCUACGGUCUACCACAAGUCCCAAUGUGUCCUCCAUCGCCGGUAUAUGCGGCUCGCCAGAAAUGGGAACCGUUAUGUGCAUUCGCGAAAGCAGUCUCUGGACUCGGCCAUGCAACUACUGAGCUUCCAGGCAAUCCAACACCAACAAAGCCGAGAACGCGGACGAUUGAGGAGUCUACGCAACCAUGUGAACUCACUGACUGCGCACGACUAUCUCUUGGCAGCAACGAUCAUCUGCAUGGACCUGUACAAUCAACGGGAGCGGCCCGACAGUAACAACAACGAUGUCAGUACUCCAAGUACUUCCGUCAGCGGCGGCAGCAUCAGCCAAGGCAGCAACAUGUCGUCAGACGGAGCCUAUGUGCCUGGGCUCAACUACAAUCGCGAAGAUCUCAUCCAUGCGUUGGAAGAGAGCCGUGAUGUGUGGAUGGCGAAUCGUGACCUGAGCAUCGAGGCUUAUAAGGCAAGCGAGCUUCUCAACGUGCUGAUCUACCAUAUCAAGCAACCGUUCUCGCCCAACAACCCCCAGAACUCGCAACUUCCGGGGGCAUCUCAACAGCCGCAGGGCUCGAACAACGACGAGCAGAACGCAGCGAUGACUUUGGGCAUGCUUCAAGCAGGAGGCGUGGGCUCCAGUGGACCGGGAGGAGGCAUAUCACAGGCGCCGUCACCAGGUGGAUCGUGGGAAAAGGGGGGACUGUAUUCCAACUUCGGGGCCAUUGGUGAACAAUACAACGGGGGAAUCUUUGGGGCAGCGAAUGCGACAAGCCCUUUCCCUGGCGGUUGGUUCGGCGGUGCGAUGGGCAACUUGGAUCAGGGCAUGAAUUUGGACUGGGAGGCAUGGGAUCAAUACAUGCAGCCCUCGAAUCUGACACUCGAUCCAGCAGCGAGUUUGUGGUCGAACAACUCGCCCAGUAACAACAUGUUCACGCAGAAGUCAUCUCCCGAAAACACUUCCACGGACGCGACGUUUGGGCUGGGCUCGGGGUCUAGUUUCUAUCCUCAGACCAUGGGAAGCAUGAUGAGCGUGUCGACGCCAGAGCUCAAAACCGAAGGGUCUGCGCAGACGCAGCAGAUGCCCACCUUGAGUGCAAAUUCCACCACGAGUACGAGCAACGACAAUAGUGCUGCGGGAGAGGUGUUCAUGGGGGUGCAGAGUCCGCAGGUUGCAAAUUGGAAGUGGACCGUGAUGAGUGACAAGAAAUGA